UCUGAAAUCACCCCCUAUGGGCGGGGGGAAGUAGAAUACGCCCAUAGUAUCCCUGCUUGUCGUAAAAGGCGACUAAAAGGGCGCGUCUGUGCCACCGUUAAUCAAUUUUAAUUUCAUAUUUCUAAUUUUGAUCAAAGCAUUCGAGCUGUUUUGCGAAAAUUUGCAUUUGCGGUACGGCUGAACCGUACCAACGUGUCGCGCCCGGAAACCAGGACGAAAGAGAACGUCUUCGACUGCGUAAAAUGGUUCCGGUUCGCGCUCCGCUUUGAGCUCGCCGCCAAGGUUCGCAGCUUGGCGGAGCGCUCCGGUUUAUUCGCGGAUAUCGGGUAUUAACGCUGAGAUUUCUUUACUCGGAUUCUAUCGGUAUUUGUUAUUGACGACGGUGGCACAUUCGCAACGUCGCAUGGUGCAGAAGAAAAGAGACUGUCGCAGAAGAAGAAUGAAUUGGAUGUCCCAGGGGAGAAGAGGAAGCGGGCAAAGCAGAAGAAAGCGAUGGGUUCAGAGGAGAAGAGCUGAAGAUAGAAGACCAACGGAGAAGAGAGAAGUGGUUAGGAUGCUGCAGUGGUGAAGAGUACGCUCUGAACGGGAGAAGCAGGAGACAGAAAGAAGAAAAAUGCCGGAAUAUGGAGGAGAACACGGUCUUCGACUGCCUAAAAUGGCCCCCGGUUUGCGCUCCGCUUUGAGCUCGCCGCCACGGUUUGCAGCUUGGCGGAGCGCUCCGGUUUUUUCGCGGAUGUCGGUUAUUAAUGAUGAGAUUCCUUUAUUCGAGUUCUAUCGGUAUUUGUUGUCGAAGACCGUGGCACAUUCGCAACGUCGCAUGGUGCAGAGGAAAGGAGACUGUCGCAGAAGAAGAAUGAAGGGGAUGUCCCAGGGGAGAAGAGAAAGCAGCAAAGCAGAAGAAAGCGAUGGGUUCAGAGGAGAAGAGCUGAAGAUAGAAGACCAACGGAGAAGGGAGAAGUGGUUAGGAUGCUGCAGUGGUGAAGAGUACGCUCUGAACGGGAGAAGCAGGAGACAGAAAGAAGAAAAAUGCCGGAACAUGGAGGAGAACACGGUCUUCGACUGCCUAAAAUGGCCCCCGGUUUGCGCUCCGCUUUGAGCUCGCCGCCACGGUUUGCAGCUUGGCGGAGCGCUCCGGUUUUUUCGCGGAUGUCGGUUAUUAAUGAUGAGAUUCCUUUAUUCGAAUUCUAUCGGUAUUUGUUGUCGAAGACCGUGGCAUAUUCGCAACGUCGCAUGGUGCAGAGGAAAAGAGACUGUCGCAGAAGAAGAAUGAUGGGGAUGUACCAGGGGAGAAGAGAAAGCAGCAAAGCAGAAGAAAGCGAUGGGUUCAGAGGAGAAGAGCUGAAGAUAGAAGACCAACGGAGAAGGGAGAAGUGGUUAGGAUGCUGCAGUGGUGAAGAGUACGCUCUGAACGGGAGAAGCAGGAGACAGAAAGAAGAAAAAUGCCGGAACAUGGAGGAGAACACGGUCUUCGACUGCCUAAAAUGGCCCCCGGUUUGCGCUCCGCUUUGAGCUCGCCGCCACGGUUUGCAGCUUGGCGGAGCGCUCCGGUUUUUUCGCGGAUGUCGGUUAUUAAUGAUGAGAUUCCUUUAUUCGAGUUCUAUCGGUAUUUGUUGUCGAAGACCGUGGCAUAUUCGCAACGUCGCAUGGUGCAGAGGAAAAGAGACUGUCGCAGAAGAAGAAUGAUGGGGAUGUACCAGGGGAGAAGAGAAAGCAGCAAAGCAGAAGAAAGCGAUGGGUUCAGAGGAGAAGAGCUGAAGAUAGAAGACCAACGGAGAAGGGAGAAGUGGUUAGGAUGCUGCAGUGGUGAAGAGUACGCUCUGAACGGGAGAAGCAGGAGACAGAAAGAAGAAAAA